AUGGAGUUGUCACACCCUUUAAUCAAAGAUGGCUGGUUCAGAGAAGAGAGCGAGGAAUUCUUUCCCGGCCAGGCCAUGAGACUGCGUGUGGAGAAGAUCCUUCACGCUGAGCGGUCCAAAUUCCAGGACGUUCUGGUGUUCAAAUCGACCGACUUUGGUAAUGUCCUGGUUCUGGACGGAAUCAUUCAGGUUACAGAGAGAGACGAGUUUGCAUACCAAGAGAUGAUCACCCAUGUUCCUAUGUUUGCUCACCCGAGCCCAAAGAAAGUGCUGGUGAUCGGUGGAGGAGACGGCGGGGUGCUCCGUGAGGUUUUGAAGCACGAUUGCGUCGAAAAGGCCACAUUGGUGGAGAUCGACGAGUCUGUGAUCAAUCUGUCGAGAAAGUAUUUGCCAAAGAUGUCCCAUGCACUGGACCACGAGAAAGUGCAGGUUGUUCUAGCCGAUGGAUUCGAGUUUCUGAAAAAUACGGCUGCCAAACACGAGUCCGAGAAAUACGACAUCAUCAUUACGGAUUCGUCCGACCCAGAAGGUCCAGCUGAAGCAUUCUUCCAGAAACAGUAUUUUGAGUUGCUCUAUAAUGCGCUGAACGCGAACGGAAUGGUCAUUUCUAUGGCUUCCGAGAACAUUUGGCUCAAUAUUGACAAAUUGAAAACACUUAAGGAUAUUUGCAGCCAGGUGUUUUCCGUCACCGAAUGUUGCUAUUGCACCAUUCCUACAUACACUUCUGGCCAGAUUGCGCUCAUGUGUUGCUCCAAAAACCCACAAUUGAAGGUGUCUGUGCCUCACCGACACGAGUCACGUGACCGGGAAUCAGAGCUGUUCAGAUACUACAACAAUGCCAUUCAUGGAGCCAGUUUUGUGCUUCCGAGAUGGGCGGCAGACAAGCUUAAUUAG